CUUGACAAAUUUUAAAUCAACGACAACAAUUGGUAAAUAAAUACCAAUCACAACUAAGAAGCUUUGCCAAGGAAUUACUCACGAUGGAAACUAUCGAUCCGAAGACCGACGCGCUAAUUGUUGUCGAUUUUCAAAAUGACUUUGCUCAAUCGACCGGCUCAUUAUACGUACCCCACAGCGAAACACUCAUUCCAAAGAUUAACCAGUUAUUUUUGCAACACCACUUCCGUAUUAGCGUGGCGACAAUGGACUGGCAUCCCGAGAACCACUCCUCAUUCAAGACAAACGGGGGCCUGUGGCCGGUGCACUGCGUUCGAGGGACCCCCGGCGCCGCGCUGCAUCCCGACCUCAACGAGGCCUACCUGCAGGUCGUCUUUCGGAAGGGCACGCGGGCGGAGUUCGAAAGUUACUCGGCCUUCGUCGACACCAGCGGGAACGCGUCGGGGUUGGAGGGACUUCUGCGAUCACUGGGAGUGCAGCGCGUGGUGGUGUGUGGAAUCGCGCUUGACUACUGCGUGUUCGAAACCGUAAAAAGCGCCGUCGCCUGCAACUUCGAGGUACUUUUGCUGGAAGACCUUUGCAUGGGCAUCUCAGAUGAGUCUAUAUGUAACGCAAUGCAGGAAAUGCGUGCUGCUGGAGUCAAGGUGCUUUCAAGCUCUCAGCUCUGCGCCUCCAAACUUCAAAAAAAGGAGUAGCCCUAUCUGUAGAUUUUUUAAAAUUGGUUUCUACAAUAAAAAUUGCACUUACUUAACGUUACUUAGGGCUUAUUUAUUAUUCAAUGACUGUUAUCUAUCUUAAUGCACUACGUGAAUAUUGAAAAACUGGAGAGGAGAGAACUGAAGCUUUAUAUUCCAAACGCUCCUCUCAAUCCUCAUAUCUAAAUGUCCCUAUAUCAUCUAGAUUUCAAUCACCUCUAUUUUUUAAACUCUACUAUUCACUACAAUCGAAUCAGAGUCAUUGCUUUAUGGACCUAUGCAUCUUGAGGGUUUUUUUCGGUUUCUAGGGACAAUAAUUUUAGUUUAACGCUUUUUGACAUUAGUACAAAUUAUGAUCGAUUCUAUUUGCGUUUGUCAAUGAAUUUGAAAUCUAUAAAAUAUUUCAAGGAAAAAUAAAAAUACUUAAGGCAGGUGUUAAAUAUGUCGAAACGAUACCGACGCUAUCCAUUUUUUCUUAUGCGUCAGGUGGGGCCACAUGUAUCUAUAGGAAUACUAAGAGCACACUCCCUUGUGUAUUUAUAUAUGAGUAAUAUAAAGCAAACCAUAAUUAAUAUUUAAAGGAUGGUCCUUAUUUAACCUUCGAUACACGCACACACUUUUUUAUUAUGCAAUCGGCAUCUUA